AAAGUUAUCAUGUAAUUAAGUUCAGUUCAACAAUGCUAGUAUUCAUAUUAAAUACUAAAUUUAAUUUAAAAUUAAAACUAAAAAAAAUAAAAUGUUGUAUAAUUUGAGAAGGAAACAUUUGAACGAUUUGUGUUUAAUCUCUGAACAAGCGGAAGUAGAGAAACCUGUCCUCGAACCAAGUUCAUUACUUAGUCUGUUAUUAGUAUUAGAUGACGCACAUAUAAACCCAGACUCACGAAGUAUAAAGAUGUUUGUUGGCGAGUCAAGUUUCUUUUUGAAGAUUGUCUUUUGGAUGAUGUACAUUACAAUGCACGCAGCUAUCAUCCCGUCCAACUUUACAACAAUGUCAAGCAAUCAGAGUGUUGUGUUCAGGUGCUGCUCAGUUUUCACAGUGAAUGAGACACUAGUAGCCAACUGUUCCAACUUGAACUGGACUUUUGUAGACCUUCAAUGUGUACCAGUGACCACAGAAGUGUUGUUGCUGGACAGAAAUAAUCUGACUACCUUGACCAAUGGCUCUUUUCAAACACUGACAUCUCUCCGGCAACUUAGCAUUCAGUCUUCGAACGUUCAUCGAAUCGAGAUUGAUACGUUUCUAGGACUCAGCUUGCUACAAACUUUAAACUUAGAAAACAACAAACUAAGUGAUAUUGGCAAUUCUUUUAAUCCACAAACAUUUAGACAUUUUACAAAUCUGAGACAACUUUUUAUUGGAAAUAAUCAGGAUAUUUCCAAAAGCUUGCGAAAAGCUUUCAUUUACUUGCAUAACUUGUCUCUCCUCUCAAUGGAUAGUUCUGCAACUUUACAUUUAGGAUCGGAAUUCUCACAUUUGACCCAAUUGAACAACCUUACUUUGAAUUGCUCUAUAGUAACAAGCAUAACAAACGAGAGUUUUGUAGGAUUAUGGAGCUCUAAAUUGGCAAUACUUAAUCUGAUUAGUUUUAAUAAACUGAAAUAUGAUCCAGAUGAUUUUGAUAAGGAGACUUCGCAAAAACAGUUCAGUGAUGACGCUUUUCAGAAUUUAAACUCAUUGGAGGUCCUCAGAAUCAUUAACUGCAGAAUAGGAAAUAAAAACAUGGCAAGAAAAAUUAAACAUUUUAUCAACUCAUCUCUGCAUAUAUUAUACCUAGAAGCCACGCAUUAUAAACGAGGCUUUUAUACUCCUAAUUCAACUUUGGAAGACGGAGUCAUAUUUAAAAGUACAGCCAAAUAUUUAAGUCAGUUAACUCUUACUCAUGUCUCCUGGAUAGACAGCAAUAUUUUCGCCAUAGAACCUGGAGUUAUAUCCAGUCCGCAGUGGAGACACAACUUAAGGUUUGCUGACUUCUCUAAAAACCUGAUGGGCUGGCUGGGAUGGAGAUCACCUCUGCUAGAGGCGUCGCGGUUGGAAAAAUUGGAGGAGCUUACUAUCACAGCGCCUAGCCCGGAAAGUGAAGUGUCCUAUUUUUAUGAAGGGCUUGACUUUUACAAAAGAAAUGUGCAACCAAUAGGCACAACACAAACAAUGAAAACAUAUGACUCAAAAGACAAUAAUUCUAGAAAUAAUGCAUUGUUUAUAAAUGCGACAGUGUCUCAAAUGUUGUCUGCAAAGAAAAGUAAUGAUUCGGAGAAGAUUAAGUCUUUAAAAAAUGAAGUGGCUUCAGCGUUAGAGUCUAUUCCAUUAUCUCCGAUCACAUCCUAUGCUGAGCUCGAUUCUAUCAGUGAACAAAGUCUCUUUGAAUUGUCUGAUAAUCCCCCUUAUCCUGUUGAUUCCGGCACUUGGACUGUAAGAAUGUCCCACUCUUUACGCAUAAUUAAAAUUAUGUACUUGCUUCACGGAGAUAACAAUCUCGGAAACCAAAGUGUACAGUUUAUACAAACUCCUCGAGAGGCAGCUAAUGUUACACAUUUUUACUUUGUUGGUAACAGCGUAACUCGAGGAACGGGUAGAAUGAUGGGACUGACAAACCUUCAGCUUUUUGAUAUAUCCAAAAACUCGCUUACAGUUGCUCCAUAUUUUUUCGACGACUUCCCCUCUCUGAGAUACCUUAUUUUACAAUCCAUGAUGAACGAAGACUUCUUUCAACGAGUAAGCAUCGACAGAAUCAUUCAGAACAUGCCAGAACUGAGAUAUUUAGAUCUUACAGACAAUAAACUCAAUUUUCUUCCUCCAAAUUUAUUUUCCAGAAAUUCUCACAUUACUCAUGUGAUAUUGGCUAAAAAUAGAUUUUCUUCUUUUCCAAUCACGAUGAAUCUGGUUCCUAAUUUAAAAACUCUUGAUUUGUCUGGAAACGCAAUCAUUUAUCUGACAGAAGAGGAGACAUCAUCUCUGACGAAACACUCGGAAAAUGUUCCAGAUUUGUAUAUAGUUCUGGCUGGAAAUAAUAUUGCCUGUGUGUGUUCUCAGAUUAAAUUUCUUUUAUGGCUUAACAUCAGCACUUUCCUGGAUAACAAGGGAGCCUACUCAUGCACUUCUCAGGAUGGACAGCUUAUUUUGACAAAUGUGUUGUGGCAAGAUGAUUUAGGAUUUUACAGACAAUGUUAUGGCUACAAUUACUUUAUGAUUUCCAUCGUUUUACUGCUCGUGAUGUCCUUCACCUUCCUGAUGGCCUACCUCGUGCACAGAUUUAGAACCGCCAUAGAAGCUUACUUGGUAAGGAUCUUCAUCAAGGCUGUUCGACCAAUGAAAUCAAGCGACUACAAGACACACGUUUUCAUUGGUUACGCUGAUGAAGAUGUUGGAUUUGUUAGACAUAUUUUAUUGAGUUAUUUAGAAGAAGAUCUCAAAGUCUCUACAUUUGUCCAUCAUCGUGACCUGGGUCCAGGCUACACUGACCAACAAAUGUUUGAGUCUAUGAGCGAUAGUUGGAGGAUACUCUUAGUUAUCACACAACGUUUUUUAAAUAACUACGACCUCUCUGAUAUCAUCAUGAAGUAUGCCAGUCAUUCUAUGAGCCCAGCCAAUGAAAAACGUCUUGUUCUAUUGGUUCAAGAAACUCAGCUGUACAACAUUCCAGGCUACUUGUAUGAUGUCCUGGAAGAUUCACGAAUCAUUGUCUUCUCUGAUCUGUCUGCUCAUCUGGACUACGUGAAGAGACAAGCAAUUAAACAAUGUCUUAGAGAUACACAAUGAUUUGACAAAGAUUUGAACUGUAAAAAGAGCCCUGCUUGUAAAUAAUCAUCGACUCACAUCCAGUUAGUUAAUGACUACUCAUGGGCUUUGCCAGGAUUCUUUUUUUCGAGGGAGGGAUGUUUGAAUUUUUUUUUCACACAAACAAAAACAAACAUAUAUUUGUUUUUCCUUACCACAUGUGAGCUGGCGAUCCUAGAUUUAAUUUUUAUCUGUAUUUUAAGUUUUGUAAACUAUCUAGGCUAGUGCUGAGCGCAUGCAUGUCUCCCGCCAGCUCUUUUACUUUAGAAGUUGUACGAGUCAUGACCUGGCUCUAUAAAUAGAACGGGUGCGGUCAGUUCUUUCUUUUUUUCUUCCGGUGUUGGCCGUUGGUCAGUGCAACCAUGUAGAAGAAAUAAGUAUUUAAUUGUUGCGCUUGUAUUCAGCUGGGACCGCCUGUAAGUUGUGAAAUUGUUUUAUUUUUACUUAAUUAGGAUAGAUUGCUGUUAGAUUGCUGUUAGGUUGUUGUUAGAUUGUUUAGAUGUAAACGGAUUAGUGCCGUGCAUCUCAGGCUAAUUACUUAGUUAGCCAUUGUCUAUGAUGGAACCGGAAGGUCCAUUAAGCUGGAUAGCGUCACCCCUCCUCCUCCCCCCCCCCUUUAGCUAUCCCUAAUAAUCCCCUUAUUGUUUUUCUAUACUAUGUCUAUUUGUAAAUAUUUUAUUAUCUUAUGUUUCUUAUGUAUUUUUAAUAAUAUUUUAUUGUUAGGAUAGCCGCUCUAUUAAGUUGGCAAUUUGCCCUACUUUUUAGAUGUAAAAGAUGGCUGCGCCCUAAGCAUCGCUGUCAUGGCGGCUUUUGUAGAGCCAAAUCUAGCUUAUUUAUGGUAGUCUAGCCUGACCUGUGUUGGUUGUGGCUUAGAAACUCAUGUAUUGCUUUUAUUAGCUACAUGUAGGUAAUUGAAAUUACCUCAUGCUUGUAUUGGGAGUAUGCGCUAGACUAGGUCUAGACCAGUCUAAUUCAAGUAGUUCAUUAUUAUUUUAUUUUUCUUAUCUGAAUAUUGUUUAUAUUUGUAAUUGCAGGCUAUAAUUCCUGCUGUCGUUACAUCUACUGUAACUGUUGUUAGUCUACUGCCUGUUUGCCGCAGUUAUAGCUGCCAUUAGUCUGCCAUCGCCUCCUUGUACCUUUUUUUGUUAUAUCUUAUCAAUUUUAAGCUUAGGUCUAGGGUAGUAAUUGUAGUGAUUUAGUUAGAUAGUUGGUUUGGUUAGUCUGUUAGUGUUUGUAGAUUUAGAGGGUUUUAGUUAGUUGCUGAGUUCAGUUGUAGUGUUAGUGUAGCUCUAUAUGUUAUAUUUUAUUAUUGAUUUAUUAGUGUAUGUAAAUAAAGUUUCUUUUUGUUUUAUGUAUCCUAAAGUAAAA